AUGCGUAUCGCCUACCUCUUGACCAUUCUCUACAGCAUUAUCAGCAGCGUCAUCGCUUAUGAUCCACUGAGUACAAGACACCGGUGCACUGCAUACGCGAGCACGAAGGAAGUGUGGCAAAAAGAUGGCAUGCAGAGACGUAGGGUCGUUUACGAAACUUCAAGGAUAAUAACGCGCUACGAUCAGGCCAUGAUGGUGCUUGGGCGGUCCUGGGCAGACGAGAAGAUUAAGUGCAAGGCAGAGGCAAAAGACAUGGAUGUGUACUACCAUCCCACGGUCCUACCGGGAGGGGCAUAUGUGGUGGAUACUAGCGAGAAGGUUGGCUACAAGGGCAACAAAGCUCACUUUUGCCUCCUAAGAAAGUUUCGGGCUACGUUGCGUGAUAACCUGGGCUGCAUGGUGACUGAGAUGGAUGACUCUCCUUCGUAG